CGCGCGCUCUGUGUUAUUGCAGUGCGUUUUACGUGCUUGAGGAAAAUGUUGUUGAAAUUAAUAUUUAUUUGUGCCAUUGUGUAUUAUGCUGAUGCUCAUAAGAACAAUAAGAAACAAACAGAAAAAAGACCAGCAGAGCCCGAUGGCCCAGUGACCCGUUCACAAUCUGGCUCAUUCUUGGGCUCAUGGAUGGAGACACGUCGCGGAAAGCAGUUCCAGGCCUAUAGGGGCAUAAGAUACGCUGAACCACCGGUCGGGAAACUACGAUUCCAGCCCCCAAAACUAAUUCGGCAAUACAAAGAACGCGUUGACGCGAGCAAAGAGGGCCCGGCCUGCCCUCUGCCCGUCCCUCCCACUUACUACGUCGACGAAGACUGCCUGAGAAUCAACGUGUAUACUCCUAGUAACAAUGUCUCGAAGCCUCUCCCUGUGAUAUUUUACAUUCACGCCGGAGCGUUCUACUCCAUGACGGGCAGGAGCGACCUGGCCGGACCUCACUACUUGCUGGACAGAGAUCUGGUGCUCGUCACCAUCAACUACAGGCUCGGCUCUUUAGGUUUUAUAAGCACAGGCGACUCCCUGGCUCCUGGUAACAAUGGGAUGAAGGACCAAGUAGCCGCCCUGCGCUGGGUGCAGAGGAACAUCAGAGCUUUUGGAGGAGAUCCUGACUUAGUCACCAUUGCCGGGUGCAGUGCUGGCUCUAUCAGUGUGAUGCUUCACAUGAUAUCGCCUAUGUCUAAAGGACUCUUCCACCGCGGUAUAUCGAUGAGCGGGUCUCCGUUCGCGAGGGAGCCGCUACCGACAGAGCAGAAGAAUCUGGCCAUUCGUCAAGCCGAGAUCCUCGACUGUCCUACCAACUCCAGCAAGGCCAUCAUGGACUGUCUCAUGGCUAAAGAUUGGAGGGAGAUCGGAGAUUCAUUGCCAAAGUUCUUCGAAUCCGGGCCGGGCGGGCCGGUGGGUAUGUGGUGGCCGGUAGUGGAGGUGGAUGCGGGCCAGGAGCGAUUCUUGUCGGAGCAGCCCCUGGGCGUCCUCAGGUCGGGCCGCGCGCACACCGUGCCGCACAUCAUCAGCCAAACCAAGGACGAGUUCUUCUGGAAAGCUCCUCCGGUACUCCAGAACGAGACGCUGCUAGAUGAAUUAAACAACGACUGGGAGAACAUAGCGCCCAUAUACUUCAGCUUGCCGCAAGAGAACCGGACGGCCGCGGUGAGGGAGCUGAGGGCGCAGUACCUCGGGGACGGCCCGCUGCGGAACGACGAGCGUUCCACCCGCGCCCUCGGCAGACUCUACGGAGACUCUAUCAUAGGGUUCGGCGUUCACAGAAUGGUGAAGCUCAUGAGUCGUCACUCGGAGUAUCCAGUGUACUAUUACGUGUUCAGCUACAUCGGCAAUAACAGCUAUUACGUGGAUCCUGGCACCGGGAAACCAGCUGGAGCUGCUCACCACGACGACACCAUCUACGUGCUCACUCAGUCGUACCAGUUCCCCACCAUACAGACGGACAGCCCCGACUCCCACGUCGUUGACGAGAUGACUGCCAUCUGGUACAACUUCGCUAGACACGGCGAUCCAAACAACUGCGGCGACACCCCGGAGAUCGGGGUCCGGUGGCCGGAGUACGACCCCGCCAAGCAGCAGUACCUGGACGUGGGAGACAGACUCACUGUCCGCAAAAACUACGCUGAAGACAGAUUCCAGCUCUGGGAUGAGCUAUAUCCUAUACAAUACUAAUUUCUUUGCGGAAAGUUUUGAUUUUGAAUAAAAACUGCGGCGCCUUAAUAACAUUUUAAUAACAAUACUAAUUUCUUUGCGGAAAGUUUUGAUUUUGAAU